GGCGGGCUGGGGCUUGCUUGGGGUUAGGUGGAUCAGUUAUUAUUCUGCUCGAGGGAGUCAAGCUCUGGACGUGCUGGGAUUUCAGGAUGUCUUUUGAGGAUGAGCUUCAGCCUUUACAUUUGUCUUCCUCUGAUGACAGUGGUGAUCUGAAUCAGAAUUCUCCCAGUUUUCCCAAUUCCACCUAUAUUUCCAAUACGGUUACUUCUCCCCCAGAUGAUUUUGAUUCUACCCAGAUUCUGGAUGCUCCCAGUGAGUCUGGGGGACCAGGAAAGACCAGUGUGGAACCAAAACUUCCAAGUCACCCACCCACGCUCCAAAUGGUGGCGGAAGCACUGAUGGCCAAGGGAGACAAACAUGGCACCUCCGUGGCAGCGAUCAAGUUUUAUAUUCGCCAAAUGUACCCGGCUGUUAAUAUGAAAAGACUCCGUUAUCUGCUGAAACAAGCCCUGGCCAAGGGGGUUAGUAAUGGGGUGCUCGUGAGACCACGGAAUUCUACAGCUACUGGGGCUAGGGGAAGGUUCAAAUUAGUGACCAAGAAUAAAAUCAAAGUGACUCAAACUAAAAAGUCAAGAGCAUCUGUCAAACCCAAGAAAAAGAAGGUCGUUAAGACCAGUGAAGCUGGAAAGGUUUCUUCAGAGGCUGAGACCAAGAAGAAGGUUUCUGCAACCAAGAAGAAGAUGGCCACUACGGCUUCACCCAAGAAGAAAGUUCCUGCAACCAAGAAGACGGUGUCUGCAGACGCUUCAUCUGAGAAGAAGGUUUCAGCAACUAAGAAGAAGUUGUCUGAGGAAGUUUCAUCCAAGAAGAAGGUUCCAGCAACUAAGAAGAAGGUGUCUGAAGAUGCUUUGCCCAAGAAGAAGGUUCCUGCAUCCAAGAAGAAGGUAGCCAGGGAAGCUUCACCCAAGAGAAAGGUUCCUGCAACCAAGAAGAAAGUUCCUACAGCAGUGAAGAAGGUUCCUGUGAAAGCUUCAACCAAGACGAAGGUUCCUGAGAAGGCUAAGAAAGCUACUGUGGAGGGGAUGGCCAAGGAGGACUCAAAACCAAAAGGUGCUAGAGCCAAAAAAGAUGUGGAAGAGGUGAGAGCUAAAGCCAAGGGCAUGAAACCAAAGGCUGAAAUUACCAAAGGCAAGAAAAAAGCUCCCAUUAUACCUAAGAAAGUAGUAGAGGAUCGUAAAGCAGAGAAAACCAAACUCCGGGCAGCCUCUGAAGCACCCCUGAAGACCAGAAAGCAAAAGGGAUCACCCAACGUCCAAGUGAAAUCCAAAGGGGCAGCUGCCAUGUCUAAAGUCAGAAAGGCUGGGGGAACUAAAGAGGGAAAUGAUGAAUCAAAGACGACUGCUCAGAACAAGAGCAAGUUGGAUGUAGGUAUCAAGUCUUCUACCUCCCAAUCUAAAGUGUUGAGGGAAUCCGACACAGUUAAAGAUCAGCCCAGAAGCAAAGGAAAGAAACCUGAAGCCUCUAAAGUAUUCAAGAAAACUGGGAAAAGCCCCAAAGGUUCUUCAACCAAGCCAGCCAGCAAGAAGGUGAAAUAAGGUGCAAAGGUUAAAUAGCCUAGAACGGGGUUCUAACAGGGGACUUGAUUUUGAAAUAAAUGGACUUUUUUCUCUUUUUCUUUUAAAGAAUGAGACAGAGAUACUUGUAUCUACCUGUUAAUAAAGUGUUCUUUUUGCAUUA